GCGGCUAGUAGCUGGAUCUCAGGGUAGUCUUUGCAGUGCAUACCGGACUUUUCUGCGGUGCUUGGUAGCAGCGUUGUGUAGAACCUCCUAACGGCGUGUACGACUUUGAACGACAAACAUAAUGGCUCUCUCAUCGAAUGGACGAGGAAACGGGCCCAACGCCACUGUUGCUCAACGCCUCCAAAAGGAACUCAUGGACAUCAUGACCAAGCCCACGCCCGGCAUCACGGCCUUCCCCGACGACGAAAACAUGACAAAGUGGACCGCCACCAUCGACGGCCCCGCAGACACACCCUACGCAAACCUCGUCUUCAAGCUCUCCAUGGAAUUCGCAAACAACUAUCCCUACAGCCCACCAACCGUGCUCUACAAAACCCCCAUCUACCACCCCAACGUCGACUUCUCGGGCCGCAUCUGCCUCGACAUCCUCAAGGACAAGUGGAGCGCAAUCUACAACAUCACCACUGUGCUGUUGAGUCUGCAGAGUUUGCUGGGUGAACCGAACAACUCGAGCCCUCUAAACGGCCAGGCUGCCGAGCUCUGGGACAAGGACCCUGCAGAGUACAAGCGUCUCGUACUGGCUCGCCACAAAGCACCCGAGGAACUAGACGCCUGAUCGAUACAGUACACACAUAGUACAUACAUAUCACGGGACUACUAUUCCUUUCCGUUCUUUCCGUUCCGUUUCCCCCCCCCUCUUAUGUUUUUAUACCAAGUCAGGGUUUUACGGAAAGCGACUUCUCUCGGCCGCCGGUGUAUCUCUGGUUCUGUUGAGUGG